AAUAUAGUUAAAAUUAUGUGUCUUGGAUUGAAAUUUGAAGGGGGAAAGAGUUAAUUUACAAAUCUUUUUUAUUUAUUUUAAUUUGAUGUAAUUUGCUUGGAGUGAUGCUGAAUUGGAAAACAAUAAUAAAUGGAAUUAUGAUGAUGAUAGACGAUUGGAAGAAGCUUUUAAGUAAUAUGGACCAUAAUGGAAGAAAAUAGCAGAAUAUUUAUGCGGUAAAACAGAUUAAGAAUGUGUUCAAAGAUGGACUUAAUUAAAGGUAAAACAUUUAAUAUAUAUAGUAAGAGUGGAAAGAAGACUCCUUGGACAAAGGAAGAAGAUGAUAUGUUAAAAGAGUUAGUAUAAAAAUAUGGGGAAAAUUGGAAUGAAAUUGCUUAAAUUAUGAAAAACAGAACAGGAAACUAAAUUCGAAAUAGAUAUAUUAAUUAAAUUAUUGCACCACCUGCUAGACCAUGGACAUAAGAGGAAGACGAAUAAUUAGUACUUUUACAUAAAUAGUAUGGGGCUAAAUGGACUUAAAUAGCAAAACUCAUGAAAGAUAGAUCUGUAAUUAUUAGUAUUCUAAUUUAGGAAAUAAUGGUUAAGAAUAGGUUUUAUACUAAACAUAAAGAUCAAAGUCAUAAAUUAGGAUUAGUAAUAUUUAAAAAUAAUUUUAUAGAAACUUUAGGUUUCAGAUUAAGAAUAUGAAAAGUAAGAAGAUCCAGAAAUCAGCACUAUUAAAACUGAAUCAUCUUGCAAGUAAGAGAUUGAAUAAUUGGAACCAUAAAUUAAUAAAAAAAUUGAUACAAAAUAAUAAGAAUAACAAAGAGAUAAAAACAUUCGAUAUUUAUGUCCAAGAAACUUCUUAUUUUAAUUUGAAUAAAUGUUUGAUUUAACUCCAGGAGAACCAAAGAAAAUUAUUUGGAUUCCUGUACCUGUGAUUAGAUUAAUACCAAAAAGUAAUACAUCUGAAAUAUCGAAUGUAAAAAAUCAAUCAGAAAACUUAAAAUAAGAAGAAUAAUGA